AUGGAUCUUUAUGAGGACCGGAGGCUUCAAAGUGGACCCAGAGACAUACACGCCGGUUAUACGGAGCGGGAUGUGGUUCUCCGGUCGGGCUGCGACCAACCCGUGACCGGGGACCUCCGGACACUGCACAACCUAACGGCCUUGGAGAAGACCGGCCAGGUGGCGCCAUACUUUGAAAGAGUCCAGACAGACAUCGAGCCAUACAUGCGGAAGAUACUAGCCGUGUGGAUGUUUCAGGUGUGUGAGGAGCAGAAAUGUGAGGAGGAGGUGUUUCCGCUGGCAGUGCACUACCUGGACUGUUACCUGAGCGGUUUCGCUGUUAAAAAGUCCAACCUGCAGCUUUUAGGGGCUGUGUGUAUGUUCCUGGCCUCCAAAAUGAGAGAGACUGUCCAUCUGACUGCCAGCAAGCUUUGCAUCUACACAGACAACUCCGUUUCAAUCUCGGACAUCCUGCAGUGGGAGGUGGCAGUGGUCUCCAGGUUAGACUGGUGUCUGGCGUCUGUGGUUCCCUCUGACUUCCUGGAGCCAGUGCUUCACGCGCUCCCCUGGGUUCGGCCCCAGCACCUUCCUAACAUGCGCAGGCAUGUUCACUCCUAUAUUGCUUUGGCAGCCACUGACUGCAGAUUUUUGGUGUUCUUGCCCUCCACCAUUGCAUGUGCCAGCGUGAGCAUUGCCAUGCAGAGGCUAAAGUUAGUGGACGCUGCAGUCUCCUCUGAUUCGAUGAUGACAUUUUUGGCCAACCUAUUGGUCAUUGAUCUGAGCUCUGUCCUCCUCUGCUAUAACAAGUUAGGGAAUGUGUUGGAGCUCAGCCUGCCCUCUUGUUUCUAG